CUCCCAUCCCAUGUCUCGCCUGGAAAAUGUUGUGUCGUUUUCCUCCCACGUUUGAUUGCAUGCCCACAAAUCGCCGCCCCUUGGCCCGCCGCGAGAGCCUCGCGCUCCAGCCAGCCCAGCCCGGCCAAGCACAGACGCCGCCCGUUACGUACGUACCAAGAGGCUAGUAUCCGUACUACUUACUACCUUACUCAGUUGCCAACGUGCUGUACUCACAGUGAGUACCGUGGUGACCUGGGAACUACCCGCCGACUGCAUACGUCAGAAGAAGCCCCCACCCUCAAGGGAUCGUGGAGACGAGGGCUCACGUCUCCCCGUCCACACCCUGACCGAGUACCUGAACUAAACAAAGUUGCUAACAAGUUACCUACUACUUCUACCACAGUCAAGGCUCGAUAAUAAAGCUCCCCGGCCUGGGGACGAGAACGGACACACACACAGCUCUGCCGCGAAUGAAUAAUACCGCUCGGGGUGCCUCGACAAUUACAAAUCUUUGCCCCUCUGCUCGCUUCCUUCAUCUCGGUAUCGCAGCUGCGAAUAACGGGCGUCAUGUCUACUAGCUUGGCCUCAACUUCAUCUUAUUAGUGACCAACGCAUUCGAACCUCCGACACAUCUCAAAGUUCGCCGCCUGCCCGCCCCGGGCCACCUCCCAUCCAUCAUGAGCCGAGCCGCCGCCGUGAAGCCCAUGCACCUCCCGUCCUUCGAGCCCAUACCAGAGCACUACUCGACUCACCAACAGCCUCCGUCCGUGUGGACACGCCCUUCGCCGAACCGCCAUGCCACCGCCGCCGCGUAUCCCAUGUAUCCGGGCCUGCAGACACCCCCAGUCGACAGAAAGAGGAGCGCCGACUCCAUGCCGGCUACACUGAACCGGCCGAGACGGCUUUCUGGAAGCGUCAGCUCAUCACCAUCCACUAUUAGACCGCGCGAGGCUGCCAACAGCGCUAGGUUACCAACUCCUUCGUGGAGCACCAUGCCGGCUACUUUCGCCCCAGAGUUCGUCGACCCCAGCGGCUGGAGGUCAAGCAUUGUCGCCCCCCAGCGCCCGGCUCCGAUCAAGCAUCUGCGGACGCGGCAGCGGCCUGAUGACAUGCUCUCGCUCCUGCCGGACGAGGUUCUGGAAGUGGUUCUCGAGAUGCUCAAGGGGCUGCACUUGGACGUCCGCAGUGAAACCUGCGCGACUUGCUGGAUGCGCGAUGCCUGUAGCGUCUCUUUGACCUCGCGGAAAUGGCUGAGGGCAGCCCGCCGAGCCUUGUACGAAGACAUUGUGCUUGUCGGAGCAGACUCGCUGGCCCACAAGAAGCGCUUCAAGCUCACCCAGGGGUGCCGCAUGGCUCUAUUGCGACGGACUCUACGCGCCAACCCGACCCUUGGGAGCCGUGUUCGCUCUUUGAAGGUUCCGCUACCCUACGCCGCGCUGACAACAGCGGCAUCGUCGACCUCGAAGGGCCCCUCCGCUUUGGACCAGUACGAGGACGGCGUUGCCGCGCUUGUCAUGACCUGUCCCAACCUGGAGCGCCUCUGCGGCCCCAUAUUCACGUACAACCACUCGUUCAAAAGGCUCUUUCACGCGCUGUCAACACGCACCAACUUGAAAGAUGUGAUGUGGUUCAUUGAACCAUCCAAGGACGCACUGGCAGGCCAGAGCCUGGAGAGUCUGAUGCAGUGUGAACCGUCAUUGCCCGCGAGCUUGACGCCCGCUCAGGAGUGUACUUUCCUCGAACAGCACCGCCAAUGGACCAAAUUGACGAGUCUCACGAUUCACUGCAUGCCCGAUGGUAGCCUCGGACCGGAUACGCUCCUCGCGAGGACCCUCACUGUCUUGCCGUCGCUCCAGCAUUUACACUUGUCUAACCUUCCCGCCAACGCCUUCACCGACACGAACCUUUUGUCCCUGCCUUGUCUAAAGAGCCUGACCCUCUCCAACAUCGCAGGCAUUAGCUCCAAGGGCCUCUCCAGCUUCGCCACUCGUGCCAACAGCCGAACUCUCGAGAAGCUUACCAUUCGCCACGUGCCUCUGACGUCUUUGCCCGCCUUGGCCCGCAUCCUCUCCAUGUUGACCUCGCUCACCAGCUUCGCCUUUGUUCAGUCGUUUGCCCCGCUCAUGCCCGAGUCGGACUCCUUCAUCCUGUGGAUGAUGCCGUACCUCGCCUCUUCGAGCGUCUCGACACUGCAUUGGGACAUCUCAGACCAUUGCGGCUGCGCCAAUGCGGCAGAUGACAUCCUCGCGCGUAGUAUCGCAGCCGGCGGCUUCCCCGCCCUGAGGAGUUUGAGGGCGCCCAAUGACCCGGAGGGCAUCUUCCAGAACCUCUGUCGCCCAGUGGACAGGAUCGAACUGCCCGGGGACCGCUUCCGCACCAUGUCCCUGCCGACGGGCUCCCUCAGCACGCCCGGCUCCCCGACCAAGCUUCUCGCCAAAUCUCCGACGACGAGCUCGCUGCCGGGCAUGCUUGCCAGCGUGCCCAGCCCCUGCACCAGCCUCCACCGCGCCCGCUUGGCUGCUCAGGCGCGCAUCGAAAGCGCCCGCGAAGACGACAGCUUAGCCACCACCGCAUUCCGCUUCCACGUCACCGUCCAGGAUGAGAACGGCAGUCUUGUCGAUGAGUUCGGCCUGGGAAGCUACAUUGGCACUGUCGGGAGUAAUAUCGAGUUGAACCUCCUGCCUGACUCUGGCUCGUCGGACGACAAGGGCGGGCUCGUCGACGUCACGGACCUGGCAUCGGAUUGCGGCGAGGGUCUUGCCUCCGGCCGCAGCGGCUGCGACGGGAACUGGAACAGGAGGGAGGGUGUCGUCGCGGACAGGAGGGAGAAGGAAAACUGGUGGCACACCGAGAGAGGCCGCUGGAGGCGCGUAAGGCUCGAUUGAGGGGCAUGUGGUUAGGAGGAAAACGACAGCAACACGGGUGGCCAGGCAUUGCCCCCGGCAUGAUCACCAUGAUAGGCCAUGAACUUGGAUCAAGGGGGAGGGAGGGUCGACUGAGACGGCUCCGGACCAGCAGAUGAGCGGACAGGAAUAUACCCCGAGGUAGAGAGUACUUUGUAUCGGUGUGUGUGCGAAUACGACUCGAGGCAAGUAGGCCGAGAUGGCGACAGAGCAGCCCGGAGCGAAAAGUCGGCGGAGCGCAAGUACAUUUCAACAUGGCUAAUACCCG